AUGGAGCUCUUUGAGACCAACCCUUACUUCUUCCCUGACCAGCGCUUCUUUGAAGGAGGAGACAGCUACUUCCCCUCUCGCCUGCCUGGGGCGUAUGACCAAGCUGGCUACCAGGACAGAAACUCCAUGAUGGGCUUGUGUGGGAGCAUGUCUGGGAGUGUUGGUGCUGGAUUGGCAGGUACAGAGGAAAAAGCUUCUCCAUCCAGCCUGUCGCCUCACUCCGAGCCCCACUGCCCGGGUCAGUGCCUACCCUGGGCCUGUAAGCUGUGUAAAAGGAAGACCGUGACCAUGGAUCGUCGGAGAGCGGCCACCCUGAGGGAGAAGAGACGUCUGAAGAAGGUGAACGAGGCCUUCGAUGCUCUGAAGAGGAGCACCUUGAUGAACCCCAACCAAAGGCUGCCCAAGGUUGAGAUCUUGCGGAGCGCCAUACAGUAUAUAGAAAGGCUACAAGCCCUCGUGUCCUCCCUCAACCAGCAGGACACCGAGACAGGACAGCAGGGACUGCACUACCGACCCAGUCCAGCCCAACCCAGAGUGUCGUCCUCGAGCGAGCCCAGUUCGAGCAGCACCUGCUGCAGCAGCCCGGAGUGGAGCAGCACUCCCGAGCAGUGCCCGCAGAGCUACAGCAGUGAGGAUCUGCUGAGCGCGGCUGAAUCUCCUGAGCAGGGCAACAUGCGCGCCUUGACUUCCAUAGUGAACAGCAUCUCUGCAGCUGAUGGAUCCGUGGGCUUUCCCGUAGACAUUCCCAAAUAGACCCUCGCAACAGUGGAACCACAUGUAGGUGAACAGAGAGCAACGAACGACAACCAAUUCUAAAGGGUGAUUUAGUUUUUCCUUUAUACAUCUACUGAUUUGAGUGUUUUGGCAUGUGCCAAAUUUUUGUGAUUUAUUAGCAAUGUAAAUCUACUGAUCUAAGAGUCUGAAUUCCUCCUUUCACACUGAGGCCUUAUUUCCUGUUUUUUAAAAUUGCCUUAUCUUGC